UGUGUGUGUACUUAGGUUUCUCUACUAAUGUUAAAAACCCUUUGUUCAAAACUCAGGCGUCAUCAUCAUCUGCUACUAAGAAAAACCCUUUUGCCUAACAUUCUUAAACCCUACUACUACAGAUAUCUUGAAAACACCCUUUUGCCUGAUACUAUGAAAACUAUGGAUGAAUCUGAUGUGGGUAUCUCUUGCUACAUUUCCAACCUCCCUGGCUUUCGUGGCAUUCUCAAGCAAAGGUACUCUGACUUCAUUGUAAAUGAAGUGGACUUAGAUGAAAAUGUUGUUCAUUUGAAUUCGUUGGAGGCUCCAAAGGAGUGUUCAGAGAACAAGGACGUGAAUAUAUCUGACCAACUGAAUAGAAGUUAUGUGACUGAGAUAGAAUCUUUCAGAUCUCUCGCUGGCAAUUCUGAUGCUGACAAGCUUAAAGCUUUUAUUGAUGAACUUAAUUCUGGGGCCGAUGUCAGUGAUGAAUCCAUCGUCCUUUCACCAAGUUCAGAUAAAUCCCAUCGGACUGAAAUUCAUAACUUUUUCAAGGAAAGAUUAAAAUUCCUUGUAACCGAUACAAUUGAUGGAGUAGAGGACCAAUCAAAGUGUGUUCGUGUGAGAUUGAAUAACGACAGGAAUAAUGGAAGGGGUAGAUACUCUAGGAAAAGGAAAGACCGGAAUGAUAAACGUUAUGACAGUAGAGGUUCAGACAGUUGGCCAGGACAUCUUGGCAAGUUCCUCAGGUUUCAUCUUUUCAAGGAGAAUAAGGAUACACAGGAAGCUUUAAACGUUAUAGCAAAGAUGCUUGGCGUUCAGCUUAGGUCCUUUGGAUUUGCUGGUACUAAAGAUAAGCGUGCUGUUUCAACUCAGAGGGUAACCGUUUUCAAGCAACAAGCAAGUAAAUUAGCAGCUCUCAACAAAAGAUUGAUUGGUAUCAAAGUUGGUGACUUUUGCCAUGUUAAAGAAGGGCUUCUGCUUGGGCAGCUUUAUGGGAACCGAUUUACUAUAACACUCAGGGGAGUGUCAGCAGAGUCUGAGGAUAUAAUUAAAGCAUCAGCAGUUGCCCUUGGAAAACAUGGGUUUAUAAACUAUUUUGGCUUACAGCGGUUUGGCAGCAGUUCUGUGCCAACACAUCUAAUUGGAGCUGCAUUAUUGCGUGGAGAAUGGAAAGCUGCUGUCAGCUUGAUUCUUGAUCCAAGAGAAGGGGAGAAGAAUACCAUCAGUACAGUAAGGGAGUAUUACAAGGAAAGUGGUGACAUUGAUGGGACUCUAAGGCAGUUACCUCGUUAUCUGGUUGCUGAAAAGGCAAUUUAUUUGACUUUCUCUGGGAUAGAGCAGUUGCAGAGCCUGAAAAGAUCUCCUGGAAACUAUCUACAAGCUCUGAAGGCCAUACCCAGGACUCUCCGAAUGAUAAUGUACUCAUGGGUGCUUCGGUGUGCCACCGAUUCUCAUACAUUUUCAUUGCCCCAUAUCAUAGGGUUUGACCAAGUUGUGUUGGGAGAUUUGGUGUAUUCAAAAGAAGAUUAUAAAGUGAAAGAAUCUUUUGUUGCUGAAUGUGAAGACGUGAAUGACAAUAAUAUGGAUGAUUAUAGCAAUCUGGAUGAGAUCUCAGAGACUGAUCUUCCUGAAGAAAGAAAUAUACCAGUCAAGGUAAUAAAUGAAGAAGACCUUAAAUCUGGUACAUAUACCAUUGAUGACGUACUUCUACCUUUGUCUGGGUCUAGAGUUAUUUAUCCAUCAAAUGACAUUGGUGAAGUUUACCGUGACUUGGCACAAAAGGAUGGUAUCAGCUUGACAGAGACUGCUCAUAAGAUUAAAGAAUUCUCCAUAACCAAUAUGACCGGAGCUUACAGACGCGUGUUUCAAAAGCCGAAGGAUUUUGAAUGGGAAUUGCUUAGUUACACUGAUGGAACUAUACCUCUGGCUGAGACAGAUUUUGAUGUCAUUGCCAAGUCAGUAAAAAGCAAGGUCAUAGAGGAGGUCCCGAGCAAUGGAAGCAAAGAGCUUCCUGCUGACUCUUCAGCUAUCUCUGUAGGCGGUGACAUGCUUUCUGGAAAAGUGUGCGAGGAAACGAUCAACAAUGAAGCAGGGAUGCAAUCAGAGAAAUCUCAGAGUGGUGGUAAUGCUGAGGAGAGCCAGAUGGCUCUCAAGCUGAGCUUUACACUACCAGCUUCUUGCUAUGCAACUAUGGCUGUGAGGGAGCUGCUGAAAACAUCCACUUCUGUUGCAUUUCACAAAUCACUGAAUGAUUAAGCAAACUCUCGUCUACAAAGAACAUUUUGGCUUUUGAAGUGGUUACCUACUUACCUUUGCUAAGUACCAUUGCGUUAGAUAGUUUCGGGGAACAUUGUUUUCCAGUGAUCAAAGUGACGUUGCAAAGGAAAUCAGCCACGAGUUUCAGUCUCCGCCCUCGGUUGUACUGCUAAUUCACCUUUCGAUAAGCUUUACUGAUGAUAUAGGAUUAGCAAAUGUGUAGUAGAAUGUAAAGAGCCAAUUGAAUCGGAUAUACGGACCACUACUUGGAAGAGAUACUGUUGAUGUAAACAGUGUUUGUGAUAUACCCUUAUGUUAGAUGAUAUACUGAAGGAGGCGGGAUUUUUGUUGAGGGGUUCGAAACACGUAAAAUUUGCAAGAGUGAGAUGGGAGGAAAAUAUUAAUUUUAAUACGCUAAAUUUAACUUAUAUUGUCAUGUUGUGUUCUAUUAUAUUUCCAGAAAAGACCUUCAUUUGUUGUGUUC